UCAAAGGGUAUGUGCACACCCUGAUGUCCGCAGCCCCAGGGUGGAGCCCAUUACGAGAUUGUCUGCCCCCAAUCCGGAAAAAUCGUUGCUAUUGGAGGGGCAAAGAUAUAUAUGAGUCCCGAAGCUCCACAUCGGAAUGGUCCCCCUUAGGCAACACUUAAGUUCCGACCCGGGUUACACGCAACAGAGGCAACCACCGCAUCCUAUCGCCGAUAUUGAUGCCCAUUCCGGAUGCAUCUCAGGAUGUGGCGCCCAUACUUCUCCACGAACUAACCAAGGUAGAUCCACGCAACCUUAUCGACUCAAUUAGCGUCGAUCUCGAUCCCAACUGCAGGAGGGGCUGUGGGACCACUCUCUCGAGGAACGAUAGCGCCUCGAUCCUAAUAUGUCACUUUCAGGACGUCUGUGUGAAGGUGCUGAGAGAAGUGCCUGUCAUCGGUACAGGCUGGCUUAGUGUCUCUUCCCUGUUCUUGGGCAAGUUACCUUUUUUCCCGUCCGUUCCACGCGUCGGCUUCUGGGCCUUCUUCGCGUCCGCUGUGUGCAUUGGCCGCUGUGCCUUUACCUACUCUGUCAAUCUUGCCUGGCGUCCACCGCACGCCUCGGCUCGCGUGCCUAUGCAUCUGUCUUUGAAGUAUCUUCGCGUUCUACUUAUUACCAGCUUAAUGUCUUUCGCUGGUUUUGACAUGGUACCGAUUGCAGGUAUUUAGUCUUGCUGAGGGUGAAGGUGUUGUGGCCUUUUGCGGGUGGCGCUAGGUUUUUCGCUUAUGUCCUUCAAACCUGUCUGUUGGUUCUUCGGCUCUUUCCUGUUUUUUCAUAACCUCACUUCGUACUUCUGCUUGCAUCAUGCUAAUGCCUGUCAUUUCAGAGUCACCCACCGCCAUCCCCCAAACUCCACCUUAAUCUUUGAGUGUGCUUUUACCACGUCGCUCUCAAUUUAAGAGGCUUUAGCGGUUGCCCGAA